AAACAGCUCCUGUUCGCUCCUCCACCCACCCUUCUGUUCAAUGACGUUUACAGCAUCGUUUUCACCAAACGAGACACGAACCGACUACAGGUUUGUAGCGCUUGUUUGACUCAGAAAAUUAUGGACCAGGUGUGAUCUUUGUAUAUUUCACACAGUCUCUUUCACCAACCCUCCGUUCUCUAUCAAGAUGGCAUCAUGUGUUUCCGGCUGCUCUCCACUGGUGAGGUUCUGUCAGAAGCUGAACAGGCUGAAGACGCUGGAGGAGGACGUAAUGGCAACUUCACUAAAACGUUGUCUGUCCACAGUGGACCUUGCACUACUUGGUGUUGGUGGCAUGGUGGGUUCAGGCCUGUAUGUUCUUACGGGAACUGUUGCUAAAGACACCGCAGGACCGGCUGUAGUGGUGUCUUUCAUCAUAGCUGGAGUGGCGUCUCUCAUGGCAGCCCUGUGUUAUGCUGAGUUUGGCGCCCGUGUACCAAAGACAGGCUCUGCCUACAUGUUCACUUAUGUCUCUGUUGGGGAAAUCUGGGCAUUCCUGAUUGGCUGGAAUGUAAUUUUAGAGUAUAUGAUUGGUGGGGCAGCAGUAGCGCGUGCAUGGAGUGGAUAUCUGGACUCUAUUUUCAAUCAUCGCAUUCAGAACUUCACCGAGAGUCAUGUGAUGCGUUGGGAUGUGCCCUUCAUUGCUCAUUACCCAGACCUCUUAGCAGCUGGCAUCCUCCUAGUGGCUUCCUUUUUCAUUUCAUUUGGUGUUCGUGUCUCAUCUUGGCUAAACCACAUCUUCUCAGCCGUCAGUAUGGCAGUCAUUGUUUUUAUCUUGGUGUUUGGCUUUGUACUGGCUGACCCAGCCAACUGGAGCACUCGGGAGGGAGGCUUUGCCCCCUUUGGACUUUCAGGUAUCCUGGCAGGAACUGCAACAUGCUUCUAUGCCUUCGUUGGCUUUGAUGUGAUAGCGGCUUCCAGCGAGGAGGCCAGCAAUCCUCAGAAGGCUGUUCCUGCAGCGACCGCAAUCUCACUAGGCCUGGCAGCCACAGCAUAUGUCCUGGUGUCCACAGUUCUCACGUUGAUGGUUCCAUGGCAUACGCUCGACCCAAACUCAGCGCUCUCAGAUGCAUUCUUCAGACGAGGAUAUAGCUGGGCCGGAUUCAUCGUGGCUGUGGGAUCCAUCUGUGCCAUGAACACUGUGUUGCUUAGCAACCUCUUCUCCCUUCCACGGAUCGUGUAUGCCAUGGCGGAGGAUGGCCUCUUCUUCUCUGUCUUUUCCCGUGUAAACCCUGUAACCAAAGUCCCGGUGAUUGCAAUUCUAGUUUUUGGCAGCCUUAUGUCAAUCCUUGCCCUCAUCUUUGAUCUGGAAGCUCUGGUCCAGUUCCUCUCUAUUGGCACUCUGCUUGCUUACACUUUUGUAGCAGCCAGCAUCAUAGUGCUCCGCUUCCAGCCGGAUAAAAGCAGUGGAAGCUCAGGAGGAGGUGGAAUCAAGACAGACGCUUCAUCCACAUCUUCAGUGAACCAGUCAGGACAGCCGGUGGAUCCGUCUGUGGUGACGAAUGAGACCCAGACCCUUGCGCUGGAUGGUGGAGAGCUGAAGGAGUAUGAGUCCUUCUCUGAUAAACUUCAGCUGGUGGAGCGGCAGAAGUCGGUGAAGGAGAGACGGGCUCCAGGCACACUGAAGGGUCGCUGGGAGCCGUAUCUGGGCCGGAUACUGGGGGGCUGUGAGCCGGGCGAGGUGGUGGCGUUCUCUGUGCUCGCUCUGAUGGUCAGUGGAGUCUCUCUUUGUGCUGUGCUGGUGUUUGGGAAUAACCAGCUGAAUCUGCCUGUGUGGAGCUUCACCCUGCUGCUGGUCAUCUUCAGUCUGGUCUUCUUGCUCAGUUUGGCUCUCAUCUGGGUCCAUGAACAGCAGCCCAAUCAUAAGACUUUUCAGGUCCCUCUGGUUCCAUUUGUUCCUGGCUUCAGCAUCCUUCUGAAUGUAUUUCUCAUGUUGAAGUUAAGUCCACUUACCUGGGUCCGUUUCGCCGUAUGGGUUGCAGCAGGUCUUCUGGUGUAUUUCGGCUAUGGUAUCUGGCACAGUAAGGAGGGUUUGCGGGAGCAGCAGGGGCAGGAAGUGGCAGCACGAUAUGUGGUCCUUCCCAGCGGUAGCCUGGUGGAGACAGUCCAGAACAUCCAGCCUGAAGGACACACUCUCAGCACACACUCACCAACCCACGAUAAUCCACCUGCCAGCAGAUGAUCUGAUCAUGCUGAGGUGUGUUUACAGUACACCUGCAUCCCUGCCUGUUCUAUUACUCAUCAUUUUCUUUCUCUUCAGUUUACUGUCAACAUGUCAAGAUAUACUGUUUAUCAAAACCAUGGUUUGAAGGAAUAUUCUAGGUUCAGUAACUUGUCAAAUAAUGUUGGUUACCACAAAAAAUUAUUUGGACUUCCUCCAUUUCCUUUAAAAAACAAUAGGCAAUAAAGGUAUAUGGAACCCAUUUUGGAGCAGAAAUGUGUACCUUAUUAUUUUAUAAGCAAUUAUUCUAUUAAAACUGUAUUGUUUGAGCUGUAAAAAAUUUUUUUUACAGUCAUUUUAAGCAUUUAGGGUUUACAACACUGCAAUGUCAUUGCAACAAAGUUGUAAAAUUGUAAAUACCUUUACAAAGAAAAGAGUUUUUGUUAACAUCUUGUGACUAUAAUUUUGAAAUGGGGAGUAUUUUAAUAUUUACCGAUUCAAUGUAAAUUCACUUACAUUGAAAGUGUCUCCCUGUAAUCCAGAUUUUUGGCAUUUUUUUUAAAGAAAGUGGAUAGUAAUUUUUGUGGUAAUCAACAUUAUGCCACAAAUGCUGUUAAUUGGUCUUGACCUGUACUGACCCCAACAUAUUUCUUUAAUAUUAUAUUUAAGCAACCAGUGUCAACUUCCUUGUUCACCAUCCUUAUCAACUACGGCCAUUUAUUUUCUUUCUUAUGUAAACAAACACACUCACACACGCACAUCAACGGAUCAUAUGAAUAUACUUAAACAUUACUAUAUUUACACACCCAUUAUUUUUGCAGUCUGGGUCACAAACACACACUCCUUAAUCACACACUAACCACAGUGGCUCUGUUUCCACCAUCUUUCUACAUGUUUUGUUUUCCUCUACUUCUCUGCAACUUAUAAAUAUUUAUUUUUAUAAUACAGUAUAACUGUAUUUUUAUUUAUUUUUCAGCAUAUACUCCAACCAAGAUCAUGUUUGAAUCAUGUUAACUAUUCAUGGUGAUUUUUUUUUUCCUUUCUGUUUUUCAUCUGUGUUUGUACGAUACGCUCAGUAUGAACUGCCUCUGUGUAACCAUGUUUCAUUUGUGUCCACUGCCACACCUCACUAAAAAACACUUACCCCUGUGUUCACUAAUCCUUAUUCCCACACUCAGAUCUGCACAUCUCAUGUGACACUCACACAUACUAAACCGCCCUCAUUCUCACACAUACUCACUCAGUGUAGCGUGACACAGAUGGAAUUGGUACCUGUGAAACUGGCUGUUUAUUUAGCUGGGUCAGUGACAUUUUUGUUUUUGUCCAGAUCUAUGAAUUUAUUUAAAAAUGCAAUUCAUACAUAAAGUGAAAUGAAAUUGAUUUUAAAUCAGACAUAAAAAAAAUGUUUUAUUCUUUAUUUUAAACACUCUUAUUUGUCAUUGUCCCAGCUCCAUGUGUAUUAGAAACUGGGCUUUAGAAUUUAUGUUGACUUUAAAGAUAAACUAAGCUUAUGUUGUUAGAAUAGUCACAAUUAUAAUGGCAAACUUACAAACACGCAUACAGUCUUGAGAAUUUCUGGUGCCCUGAUCCCCAUCGUGCCCUUCUGAGCGCUUCAGUUUGUGUUGCUCCAAGUGGACUGUCCCUGUUAGUAUUUAGGCUAAAUUUGCUUUGGAUAGGAACAUGUAUGUUAAUGACUAACAAUAAUUUAUACUUCCAUUUAACACAACUAGAAUAUUGACAAAAGCACAGAACAAAUUGUUUUUUAGUACAAGGACAACGGAAGAGUGUUUAAUAUGCGGUGAAUACUGUUUGGACUGCAGAUAUUGGAAAAUAUAGCAUACAAAAGCAAAGAUGGGAUAUUCCCCUUCAAAAGCCCCUGUAAUCUCCCUCACCCCCUAGAUUUACAGCAUCCCCUCCCUCACAGAUUGACCCAGAUUAUCUGUGUAGAGCGAUUCAGUGCAGCUGGAGAGUAUUAUUGUCACUCGGAUAGCACUACACUCAUUCACUAACAUGAUGAAUGUCAUUCUACUUCCUGCUGUUUCUGCUUUAUCAUGCUAACUCUAUUACAAACAUACAACAAAGAACAUCUAAUCUCUGAUAUAAAGAAUGAAAAUGCACCCUCCCUGUAUCCCAAUACGUUUUUUUGAUCAAUCACAUCCACUCCGCAUGUGAGAUUUCAGUCAAAAAGCACUUUAUAGGUUCACUGGAUGUACCAAAAGUUUCAACUUUAUUUAGUGGUUUAAAAUACAGUUAAGUAAAGAAGCAUGUGUUUUUGUUUAUGUAUUUUGACUUGUAUGUUUUCAUUCACACUCGGAACCCAAUGCUGUGUUGAGUCUUAAAGGGAUACUCCACCCCAAAAUGAAAAUUUUGUCAUUAAUCACUUACCCCCAUGUUGUUCCAAACCCGUAUAAGCUCAGUUUGUCUUCGGAACACAAUUUUGGAUGAAAACCGGGA